AUGUUCAAAUUGCAUCUUGUUCAUUUCCUGCUUUGCAUUCAUUUCGCAAAUGGCGCGCCUGAAGGUUACCUACCUAUCAUCAGUUGUCUCGAAGAAUCAAAUAUUCCUCAAGACUACCCAAACACCUCCAACUUCUCACAAGAUAGCCUCGACUACAACCUUCGGUUGAACUUCACACCAAUAGCUAUCGCUGUCCCAUCAACGGUCCCCCAAGUUCAAGCAGCAGUAAACUGCGCCGCAAAGCUCGGCAUCAAAGUCAAUCCUAAGUCUGGAGGUCACAGCUAUGCAGGCCACAGUGUCGGUGGAGAGGACGGACAUUUAGUUGUAGAUCUGAAAUACUUCAGAGAGACGAAAGUCGACUCCGCGACGAACGUCGCAACUAUUGGACCCGGAGCCAGAUUGGGUAAUAUCGCUUUGGAUCUUUAUGCCCAAGGUGAAAGAGCGAUGGCUCAUGGGAUUUGUCCCGGCGUAGGAAUAGGAGGACAUGUCCUCCACGGCGGUCAAGGCUACAGUUCCCAUACCUAUGGUCUCCUUCUCGAUUUCCUGGUCUCAGCAGAAGUCGUCCUAGCCAACGGCUCCGUCGCAACAGCUUCUAACACCAGUAAUCCAGAUCUCUUCUGGGCUCUCCGUGGUGCGGGGAUGUCGUUCGGGAUCGUGACUUCGAUGGAAUUUCGCACUAUUCCUGCACCACCGGAGAAUAUCCUGUUCUAUUAUCCGUAUUUGUGGAAUCAGACGCAAGCCCAUGCUGGGUGGGAUGCUUGGCAAGCUUAUUGUGGUGGGGAGACGACGCCGAUUAUUCCCCCGGCGAUGAAUGUCAGGUGGGUGAUAGUUGAUGGGGAUGACGGGUUGUUGUUGUUUUUGUUGGAGGGUGCGUUUCAUGGCUCGAUUGAGGACUUUGAUUUGUCGAUUGCACCGUUGAUUGAUGUUUUGGAUGAGAUUGGGGGGUUUCAGGGAAAUGUUACUGGUGUAGUGGGAUGGUUGGACGCAUUGCUUUAUGCCAACAGCAACGGACUGUACAGCAAUUGGGACAAUAACCAAACGCUGGAGACUCCGCUGAAUUAUACUGCGCAUGCAACCUUCUUCGCGAAGAGUCUAAUGACUAGAAAUCUGUCACCAGCAGGAGUAGAUGCAUGGAUAAACCGUCUCUACGCUACAGGUCCCACAAGCCCUACAGGCUGGUACUUUAUAGUCGCUGCUCAAGGCGGACCGACCUCCUACGUACCCACCGUCCCCGCAGAUUCAACAUCCUACGCCCACCGUCACUCCAUCUACGAAUGGCAACUCGUCGCCCAAACCAAUUCGCCCCCUUUUAACGACGCUGGCAUCACUUGGCUUAACCCUUUUGUCUCGGAUAUUGAAGCUGCUGAAAGUAACUUGACGCUGGGAAUGUAUUACAAUUAUGCAGAUCCUACUUUGAGUAAAGAGGAAGCGCAUGAGAGGUAUUGGUUGCAGCAUUAUGGUAGGCUGGCGGAGAUCAAGAAGAGCGUUGAUCCGGAUUUGGUAUUUCUGAAUCCGCAGACUGUGGGGAAUUGA